AUGCAACCACUUAAUCCCUACUUGCGCGCCUUCUUCCGGAGUGCGUUGCCAGCACAGUGUCAACCGAUCAGCCAUCACAUCCUCCUCGUUCCCACCACCGAAGUUCUGAUCCGCAGCAAAGACCGCGAGUCGAAUACCCUCUACGCGGACCUCGCGGGCACCGAAGACUUUCUAGCAAGUCAUGUCCUUCGCGUUCCAGGCGGAGGACCUCCAUUGUCGGGGAACGGUAAAGAUGCUGGGAAUGCACGCGAGAACAAAAACAAGGCGAAGCAGUACUCCACAAUCAACGGGCGGACAGUAGUGGUCAAGGACUCCUUCGUGUAUAGCAACAAAGGAUUCAAGACUCUCAACCAGGCACAAUUGCUCAGCGACAUCAUUUACUAUCCAGAUGCGUCAGAUGGGCAACAAUGGUUGGUCUACUACAUCUCCAAGCCGCUGAUGGGGAUCCACCAGGCAACCCCCAUUGUGCCAGCAGUCAUAUCGGACGAGCCGAGCAAAGAGCGCAAGAGAGUACUUGCCGAGGCAUCGGGCGACUCUGAUGCCAACGGAAUAUCUGGGAUCGCUGGUCCAAAGAAAAAAGACAUCAAGACAUUCGGAGAGCUCCUCGCACAGUUCCCCCUUAUUUCCAGGCAGAUGCAAAGUGGUCUGGAGAAGAUCAUUCGCGAGUUCAUAUCCGCCAACGACAAGCCCUUACCAAAGCCAAAGUCAAGAAGAUCAUCAGUCAGUUCACAACUCUCAGGCCCAUCAAUCGGCGAUUCUGUAUCGUCCCUGAAAUCGUCACUGUCUGGGAGCUCGACCUUCCACCCCACCGCCUUGGAGCUGGAGCCCGAAGAACAAUCACUCCGCGCUUCUCUAGAGACCGCCAUAGUCUCCGCUAUCGAUCUUUUCCAAAACGUCGACAAGCACCAGCUCUCGCUACUGGGUGCCAACACCGAGCUUACUGGGCCGGUAGUCGAGCGUCUGAUUGAGCGAUACGUUUCGGAGCAAGUGCACGACCACAAUCUCUUUCCGCGAGUAUGCGCCAUCAGGAGACCAGACGACUCCGAUCUAGAGUCAAAAAUCCGCAAAAUGUCCGAUGUUGAUGUGGCGCAAGUUGGUAUUCCAAUCGAAGAGGGCAUCAAAGGCAAACGCGCGCUCACAGUGCAGCUCAACAAGGGCAUCGAGGCUUUCAGAAAGAUGGGCGUAGCAAGUAGCCCGCAGGAGAUGCUUGACAUCCUCUUGACUACUCAAAAGCUUAUCACGGACAUGCAGCCGACCGAUGGAGCCAAUGGGGGCGCGAAAGAGGCCUCUGAAAAUGGCGGUCCCUCUCCCAUGACCAUCAACGCCGACAUUCUGGUUUCGAUGCUCCUUGUCGUUGUCAUUCGUAGCGGGGUUCGGCACUUGCAUGCUCGGCUGCUGUACAUGCGCUACUUCAUCUUCAUCGACGAGGUAGAGAGUGGAGAGUAUGGGUAUGCACUGGCGACACUUGAAGCUGUGCUGGCGCAUAUCUCUGGCGGAUCAAGUGUUCUUCGAAAGGCGAGCAAACACAACAGGCUUCUUUGGCAGGCUGCCAGGACCGGAGAUACGCAGGCUCUUGAAGCCAUAUUACAGCCGACACUUCACUCAGAUGACGGUGACAAGGCAUUGUCAGCCACUGCGCUCGAGCCUGAUUCAUCGGAUGAGGAACAUGUCUUUGGCGACGAUACUCUCGAGCAUUCUGCUAGCGGAGGUGUUAAACAGGCGGAGACCUCUAGCUUGGCGCAAGACUUCGCCUCCAUGAAUGGCUCUCUGCAGCACGUGUUCCCCUUUCAAAAACCUCCUACACCGCCUCCUGAGCAAUCUGAGGUCAAAGUUCAGAAACGAGUCUCCAUGGCUUCUCUACCAAGGAGUCAGUCAGCAUCCUCAGCGUACUCCUCUCGCUCGCACUCGCGCAACAAGAGCAUAGAUUCUGACAUCAGUGCUGGCUUCAAAAGCGAUCUGUCUGCUGAUAAGCUCGCCCAGACGCAAGAUUCUGACGGUAACUCAAUUCUCAUGAUGACCGUAGAUUCUGGAAAGCUGGGCGCUUUGAAGCUAUUACUGAGUAUGCCAGCCCAUUUUCGUGUCGAUUUCGUUCUUCAAGACACGAACAAUGAAGGCUCGACACUUCUGAGCACAGCUGUCCAAUCGGGAGAUCAACCUAUAACCAACUACAUCCUCCGCUAUCUUGAGACGAACUCCUCAGAGCAACAGCUCCGCCGGUACUUCGAGAUGCAAGAUUCUAAGGGUCGUUGCUUCGCUCAUUACCUCUUCCAUCAGCCUUCCCUGAUACGAAGGUUUGGCAAGAAGCUGCCAUGGCGAUUAAAAGACAAGAAUGGACAGACACCGCUCUUUGCACUUUGUAGGUCGUACGAUCAUGAAAAGUAUCGUAUAAUGGUCCAAGAAGCUUUGAGUUUGGCGACGGAGACGCAAGAAGACGGCGAACCACUACAUCUGGACGAUCAUGUCGAUGCGAAAGGCAACACGCUUUUACAUAUCAUCAACGAUAUGUCACUCACGCUCAAGAUGCUGCGGUAUUGCGAUUCGGACGUCAAUGCUGCAAAUGAUAAGCGCUUCACGCCUCUGAUGGUUGGCAGCAAGUAUGGUCGCACCGAUCUUGUCAGAGCUCUUUUCGGCGAUCCAAGAGUGGAUAUGACUUUGAGAGAUAUGCGAGGACUUACAGCCGUGGAGCUGGCAAAAGAUGACGAUGUUCGCAAUCGCAUCGAUGAUCUGGUCUUGCUCUCCACACCACCCGGGAAAGAAGACCGUAUCACGACUAUAGUGCGCUCGUUCUUCGUCGAGGACUCGACGGUGCGACUGGUGUUAAAGUCUGGUGCGCCGAACGCCAAUGGGUCCAUUACUGUCACUACCUGCAGACGAUCUGUAGCCGAUUUCGAGAACUUGUCCAAGUGGCUCGCUACCGAAUGCCCGGCGAGCUGGCUGCCACAACAUUUCAAUCUGACGUCUCCCUUCUUGGUGCCCUCGAAGCCGUCAAGAGCUGUCUUGCGAGAUAUUCAGAUUCGUCUUGACAACUUCUUUCGAAACCUGCUUACGCAUGGUACCUUCUCAACCCACGAGCUGGUCUGGGAAUUUUUUCUGGUGCCGGAGAUUGAUGCAGACAUGUUGACUGAGCGGAGCAAGCUGAAGGCAGAAGCCAGAGUGGAGAACGUCAAAGAUGACUACGAACCCGUCACAGAUACACAGGAAGUGGAAAACUUUGCUACCUUUGCCUGUCAGCAGUUUCGCGGCGUCACGCAGAAUAUCAGGAAAACUGUCCGCGCUACGAACAGACACAGGAUGGCCUAUAAUGACUACUCAGAAGCUCAAACGUUGGCAUCCUCGGCAUUGUCUACGCUGAAGUUCGUUCCACAGGCUUACAUUCAGGCUUUUGAGCGGUAUUCCAAGACGCUUAUCCCCAGCGAGGCCUCCCCUUUAGCCGGAUUUUACUACAGCCUUCAUUCGAUACAAUCAACCAGCACCGCCAUCCAGACCGCCACGAAUCGGCCAGCAUACCUGAUCGGUACCAUGCAGCAAGCGCAACGUGCCAUCGACAAGAGCAAGAGCUCUCUUUCCCGCUCGAAUCGCUGGACCCCUAAUAUCGGACUGUUCGAAGACGCGAAGAAAGCCGCUGCUCUGGACGCUUGGGAUAAAGCGGCGAAGGCCCGACAGGAGCUUGAGAACUUAGGUUGUGAGUUGAGAUACACGCAACAGACAAUUGCGAGUGAAUUGGCUGCAUGGCAGGAUGAACAUGUUGUCAGUGGACGGGAGAUGUUAAGAAGAUUGGCUAAGGAGAGCAUUGUAAGGGAGCGAGCGAAAUUGGAAGGGAUGAAAAGGGCGUUGAGGCAGGUUAGAGUCCAUCAGAAGGCGGAGAAAGAAAGUGCUUGA